GAUGUGACGUCACGGCGUCCAGAGCGAGGCUGGGGUAGAGAGGCCGACUGAGCUGGAGUCGUCCGCUUGUCGUGGAGGCUGCUAGGGAGCCGGCGAGGGGGUGAGCGGGCGAGCAGAGCAGCGAGCUACAGCAGGCAGGAGGGAGCGUCGCGCGGCACUGAGUAGCGCCAGGGCCGGGCCGCGGCGGAACCCACAGCCGGAGAGAGGCAGCCGGAGCCGGGCGCCGCGGGGUCCCCACCCCCACUCGGCCGGACAGUGCCCGGUGUUCCCCCGUGCGGGGGGCGGCGGCGGCGGCUGACUGGACGGGACAGGACCGAGGGGGUGUUGCCACCUCCACCGAGGAGCCGGCGCGGCCGCGGGCUCCUCAGAGCCGGGGCCCGGGGCCCGUGACAGACGGGCCGAGGAAGGGAGAGCAGCGGCGGCGCAGGCGACGGGGAGGCAGCGGCGACACCAUGUCAUCCCCCAGUCCGGGCAAGAGGCGGAUGGACACGGACGUGGUCAAGCUCAUUGAGAGUAAACAUGAGGUUACAAUCCUGGGAGGACUCAAUGAAUUUGUAGUGAAGUUUUAUGGACCACAAGGAACACCAUACGAAGGCGGAGUAUGGAAAGUUAGAGUGGACCUUCCUGAUAAAUACCCUUUCAAAUCUCCAUCUAUAGGAUUCAUGAAUAAAAUUUUCCAUCCCAACAUUGAUGAAGCGUCAGGAACUGUGUGUCUAGAUGUAAUUAAUCAAACUUGGACAGCUCUCUAUGAUCUUACCAAUAUAUUUGAGUCCUUCCUGCCCCAGUUGUUGGCCUAUCCCAACCCAAUAGAUCCUCUCAAUGGUGACGCUGCAGCCAUGUACCUCCACCGACCAGAAGAAUACAAGCAGAAAAUUAAAGAGUACAUCCAGAAAUACGCAACGGAGGAGGCACUGAAAGAGCAGGAAGAGGGCACCGGUGACAGCUCGUCGGAGAGUUCUAUGUCUGACUUUUCGGAAGAUGAGGCCCAGGAUAUGGAGUUGUAGUAGAAAAAGCACCUGCUUUUCAGAAAGACUAUUAUUUCCUAACCAUGAGAAGCAGACUAUAAUAUUCAUAUUUAAACAAAGCAAUUUUUUUUAUUACUAAACAAGGUUUUUAUGAAUAAUAGCAUUGAUAUAUAUAUAUUAUAUAUCACCCUUUAGAUCUUGAUUUCUUGGUCAUUUCUCAACCUGAGGUGCAUAGCAUAUUCCCACAUUCCAUUUUGGUAGCAAUAUGCGGUCCGAAUGCAUGCAUUCAUAAGUCCAUUUGGCCAAGUCAGCCUGUGUGCUACUGAACUGUCAAAAGAAAUAGCCGCUCUGAUAGAUAGACACGAGUAAAAAUAACAGGAAAAAGUUGCUUCUUUUAUCGAUGGUUCCAAAGAAACAAACCAAACCAACCAGCUCUUGGAUGUGAAGAUAGAAUAGUGCUUUUUUUGAAAUGGAAAGGAAAAAUUGGGGAGGAAAAAGCCUGCUGUGGGAGCAUUUAGAGCCAGCCACGUCAGAACCAGAGCUGCUCCUUCCUGUGAAUCCUAGGUGGCCCCAUUUCUGUGGAGUAACAGUAUAAAACAGGGAGCUAAUUGGAGUAUUGAAACUUGAAACCAUUUUUUGACUCGGAUUUUAAGUACAUUUUUAUAUGUAGGUUCCUGCCCUUCUCGCUACCCGGCCCUGCAGCCACGAGCGUUUGCUUGGAGAACCUCUGGGGAGCGCUUUCUGCACCUGAUUCUUUCUCGUGGGGGUAGAGCUUGUGAUCCAGACCCUUUUUGAGAGGACAGGACAGGAAGAGAGAAGUGCCCGGGAAGAUGUUUCCGCUCAUCCAGCACUCGCAGAGGCGCAGCCUCGUCCUGCCGUUGGCCACGUUGAGACUGCCACCCUGGACUAAGCUUUACCUUUGAGGGUUGCCGUGGGUUACUUUUGUUUUGGGGGUUAUUUUGGUGUGUGUGUGCGUGUGAAUUGUGCUUAGACAGGUUGCACGUUUAAUCUUCACCUACCAAGAGAUGGCCUCCUCAUUGGACAGCCGCUCGGUGGACUGUUAGACUCGGGAAGAAGACCCGUCUGGUGGCUGUGACUUCUGGGUACUCUCAUUCACGUUCUGGUUUUGUUUUCCUUCUGCUGCUGCUCUUGGCAGCAGCCUGGGCAUCAUCUGCUUGUGGGAGUGGGAAAUGGGUAUUUUAGACCCAACACACAUUCUAAAUUUCAAUGAGUAAUAAUUGGAACAAAUAAAGAUUCUUGUACCCAAAGUGACUCUACGUGGGAAAACAAACAGCUUUUUUCAGAGGAUGAGUGAAUAGGAGGAAAGGAUUCAGAAAUAUGAUGUCGUAGUAAAACAGGUUUUGAAGGAAGAAAAUCUCUCCUGUGUGUGGUAGGAGGAAAUCAGUUUAAAAUGCCUGCUAAUCAAAUGUUUAUUCGGCUAACCAUAUGUCCAGGUUGCUGGCAGAGUUUCCUUCCAGUCCGAGUGUUGCCCGCUGCAUCUGGAGAGCUCCAGGCAGCACCUCUGUGUUCUUUCUGUGCCGCAACCAAUAGGGCAGGAGCAGAAUCAGCCAAUCCUAAAACCUUCUAAAGACCAUUUGUGAAUGUCCCACUGGGAUAAUUUUAAUUUUUCUUUCUGAUGUGUGUUUUUAGUUUAGAAGUGCUAUAUUCCACAAGAUUUGAGUCAGUGAGGUUGGAAGAUAUCCUAUCUUUUUUUUUUAUUCAAAAAGCACAAUCAAUCUUUUCUUUGAAAAUCUAUAUAAAGUACAACUUGCUUUUGGCAUGAUUAUUUUCCUAAAUAAAAAAGAUAAAGAAUUUACUUAUUUUAUGUUAAUUACGGGCAUGAAGCAAAGGGUUUUCUUUAAAAAAAAAAAAAAAAGUGCAGUUAUGUAGGGCUGUGGUUAGUUAACCGUACUGAGUUAUCUAUCUAGCAUUUGUGGCUUGUUGGAAGGGUAGUAUUAACUAUUUAACAUGUCAUGGUGUACUUUAACUCUUAUCUAGCACGUUGUCUUCUCGUUGCUUCGGGGGGGAGGGGCUCUCUGGCACUGUCUGACGUGCUUACCUGCGGACUUGGCAGUUUGCUGUGCUAUAGCCGUUACUGUAGGUGCGACUUAGGGUAGGCUUAAAGUGCUGGGUGGUGAUUUGAGUUCAAACAAUAAAAAAUUGUAUUUUUUCAAUAUUGUAUAAACAAUAGUGUUCUAAAUACCUUUCAAAAAAUAAUGUCUAGAUAAUAAUUGCUUUAAAUCUUGUCCAAAAAACUAGUAUAACCAAGUUGAGGGAAGGUAUGUGAGCAGUGCCACAGCUCUGUUCCCUGACCGCAUCCGUGUUUCUCUGACAAAGACAUCAGCUUGCCCGCUACCGAGAGCGCCAAUAGCAGAAAUGUGCGAAUUCCCAAAUAAAGAUUUGGGUGGGGAGGGGGGGCAGGGGUUAAGGAGCAGAUCCGUGUGUGGUUGCUGUGUGUUUCCAUCCAGGUCUGUGUGGUGAAGGUGUACUUAGGCUUCUCUUUUAGCACUGGAAGCUUCUGGAAUUGCUACCCAAAUGACGCUGUACUUUCAUUCUGUGCAAGCCUAUCUCAUCUGGGCACUAACCUUGGUUCCGUGCAUGUUUUUGGCUUUGUGUGGGUCUUCUCCUCUCCACUGUGAAAUCGACUUUUGAUCAGUUGAACAGAAUCCCUUCCUGUGCUAACUUUUUGUCCCUUCCCUGUACCUGGGAGAGGUAGGUGUAGGAGACCAUACUUACAGGUGCAGAGGGAGCUGGAAGAAGGCCUGGCUGUGAAUCCGGGGCCUCUGGGCCCCUAACUGAUGGCAGAGUAAGGCUGAGGCAGGGGUGUCAACAAUGCCAAAAGCUUUUCCAGAUUGUCCCAUCAAAGACGCUCAGAAAGCAUCUGGAGCCCCUCGGAAAGGCUGAACGUUACUGCUUUUAAAAGGUGGUGGUGGUAAGUUGGAAUUGCUUCUGGCAGUUUUCUUUCCUUCCUUUUAGUACCCAUAGUUUUUGAAAUUCUACCUGGUAGUUGACCAGCGCAGGCCAUUCUUCGCCCCUGUUCAAACGACUGAGCUCGCGCUCUCGCCAAACGCCGACAAGCAAGGUGGCUGCGGCACCCCCAGCACCGGGCCUGGUGGGCUGCAGUAGGCGGUACCAGCCUCGACGCUGGCAUUUUUGCUCUUUUUAGUCUUCAAUCUCAGUGCAGUUUCAACCAGCAUUUUAUACUAGUGAGAAUUAUCAGAAGUUGCCAUGUACCUAACAUUAUUCUUCCACUUCAAAAGCUGUUCUAAUUGCCAAGUGGCUGAUCUAAGCUCCUGGAGAGUGUCUCCCCUCGAAGGAAUUUUUUUCUCUCAAAAGGCUCCCAGAAGCCCGAGUUGGCCAUGGCUGGACACUCGCCUCCUAUUGGGAUGGCUGCGAAUCAUGAAAGACAUCCCCCCACCAGCCUCCAUGGGUCAGGUUCUAGACACCGAGUUUCUGGGAACUAGGGUUUGAUUUUAAAUGGCGUGCAACCCUUCUCUGUUCUAGGGACUCAAUUAGAAGAGUGAAAGUCAUUAACAGAAGUUAGCAAGAAUUUUAUUUCAUCACUUUCUGACUGGGUUCACAGCCUUGUUGACAGAAAUCAAAUCAUUUCUGAUUGGGCGCAAAGACCUGCGUAUCUGGACUUCUGAAUCCAUGUUCAUAUUUUCUGUGGCCACUGAACACCUUGGCGGUCCCAUUAGGGAUGGGCUGGAGUGGAGGCCCCUUGGGGAAGAAGGAGUUAACAGCCCUCAGGUGUGCGGGUUCUUCACUCACCUGAAGAAGGGCCAGGACUCUUAAUUCAGCAAAUACUUGUCUUGGCUGUGGGCUUGGGAAGAAAUGGCCAUUAUUUACUGAUUGUAUUUGGUACAUAUUGUGUGAUACUUGAAGAGAUAAAAGGGACUUACCAGCCCUUCAUUGAAAUCUAAGCUUUUUAUCACUUAUUUUUUCCUCGCCCUAUCUCCCUUCCACCUUUUUCCUUGCAUUGUGAUGAUCUAGUGGGCACUUCUGUCAACAGGACAAAUGCCUCCUCUGACUAUAACCUCUUAAUAGUUGUGUAUAAUGAAAACUGUAAACUUUUUUAAAUAAAAUGUGUAUAUACCUUG